ACUGAGGACACAGGAUGGCAGCCCGGACUGGAGCCUCGCUGGACAUGCGUGUGAAUUGAAUUCUACCUAAGAAUUAAUUAUUGUGGGGGACGGCUUGAGACGCAGUCAUGCCGCUGGUGAAGAGGAACAUUGAGCCGCGGCACCUGUGUCGUGGGGAGCUGCCUGAGGGCAUCGGCAGUGAGCUGGAGUGUGUGAUGAACAACACCCUCUCAGCCAUCAUCCGCCAGCUCAGCAGCCUUAGUAAACAUGCAGAGGACAUCUUCGGGGAGCUUUUCAACGAGGCCAAUACCUUCUACUUGCGGGCCAACUCUCUCCAGGACCGCAUCGACCGGCUGGCCAUCAAGGUGACCCAGCUGGACUCCACCGUGGAGGAGGUCUCCCUCCAGGACAUAAACAUGAAGAAGGCGUUUAAGAGCUCUACCCACCAGGACCAGCAGGUGGUGUCCAAGAGCAGCGUUCCCAUUCCUGUCAAGGAGAUGUACAACCUGAGUGACAAGCCCCCACCACUCAAUAAUCUUUCAUGUUACAGGGAUGAUGGUAAAGAGGGCCUGAAGUUCUACACAGACCCGUCGUACUUCUUCGACCUGUGGAAGGAAAAGAUGCUGCAGGACACGGAGGACAAGAGGAAGGAGAGGAGGAAACAGAAGGAGAAGAAUCGCUGCGUGGACGGAACCUUACAGCGCGAGGUGAAGAAGGUGCGGAAGGCACGGAACCGCCGGCAGGAGUGGAACAUGAUGGCCUUCGACAAGGAGCUGCGCCCAGACCACCGGCACACGCAGUCGCUGCACCGCGGAGGGUCCUCAGAAGGAUCACUGUCCCCAGAGAACAGGGCUCACGCCGCUGAUCACAUGGACCACCACUAUCCCAAUACGCCCAACCAUGCUGGCCACGCCCACACCUACUCAGGUCCGCCCCCGAGCCUCAUGGGCCUCUCUGGCCACGCCCUCGCUGGCAUGGAGCUCGACCCGCGGGGCGGACCCAUGGCGUACCGUAGCGGCACAUUGGGUCGGCCUCACCAGGCUCCUCCUCCUCCUCCACCGACGGACACCCUCAAUGGGUCUGUGUCUCUCCCCCCUGUGGACUACAGCAUGGAUUACAUGAACACUGGGCCGCCCCCUCCUCCUCCCGGUCCCCUCAUCCCUUCAGCGCAGACCGCCUUUGCCAUGCCUCCAGCGGGCUCGGUCCUGCCUGCUGGCCACCCUGGACAAAUGGGCUACAUGUCUCCUCCCCCGCCCAUGUCUGGACAAAUGGUGGUACCACCCCCACCUGGGCCGCCACCUCCACCUCCUAGUGCCAACCAUGCUGCCACCCUCAAAGCUCAGCCAGUGCCCAGUGAGGCCGAGCCCGUCAACGAUGCCCGCAGUGACUUGCUUGCUGCCAUACGCAUGGGUAUUCAGCUGAAGAAGGUGCAGGAGCAGCAGGAGCAGCAGGCCAAGCGGGAGCCAGUGGCCAACGAUGUGGCCACCAUCCUGUCGCGCCGCAUCGCCGUCGAGUACAGCGACUCUGAGGAUGACUCUGAGCUGGAAGACAACGACUGGUCCGACUAGGCCUCACACACACACACACACACACACACACACACACACACACACACACACACACACACACACACACACACACACACACACAGUAUGUAGUCUUACCCAACACAUUUACUUAUACUGCACACACAGACAUACACACACUCACACACACACACACUCAUUUACUGAUCACACCAACUGAUCUUCACAUCUUAUACACUUAUAUACACAUAUAUACCUGCAUACUGAUAUAACAGGUGUAUAUACACACAGACACUAGGUUGGCCAUCCUAUAUAUAAUAAGCCACAGAAAUAAAUAGCUGACUAGCAACUUCCCAGACUGCAGUCUCUUCUUCUCUCAGUCUUUAUGUUGGUGCUGUCUCCUUUUUACUAAUACUUUUUAACAAAACAACUGUGAAUAGUUCAUCUUGAAUGUGUGUAGCCUGUAGGAGGGAAUGUGAAGGGGAAGGAAAGGUUCCACUAGAAGACAAGAGGCAGAGAACUACUUAAAGACUAUUUUGAGAUAGUCGUGAAUUGCAUGGACAGAAGACUGUCUUUGACGUCAUACGAGGAUAGCUAAGUGAUGAAAAAAAUCAGACCUGGAGUCAAGUAUGUGGUCAGGAUCUGAGAAGUGCGCAUGUGUGUUUGUGUGUAUGUUUGUGUGUGCGUGUGUGUGUGUGUGUGUGUGUGUGUGUGUGUGUGUGUGUGUG